UGGCCGGGCGAAGUCUGGAGACCCUCCCCAUCUUCCUGUUGCAGGGAGGGCGACCUGCAUGCCGAGCGCCGCCUCUGCGCCAUGGACGGCGGCCAGCCCAGUCUGGAGCCCGCAGCCGCGGGGCCCGGCACCCCCGGCCCGAGCGUGAUCGCGCCGCUGCGCGCCGUGCUCCGCCUGCGUCGCCGCGUGUGCCUCCUGCGCAAGCGGCGCCUCCUGCCGCCGGGCACGGGGUCGGCCUCCGGCGCUGGAACGCCCAGACCCGGCUGCGGCUCCAGGGCGCCGCACGCUGACCUGGGCCGGCCGCAGUUCUUCACCUUCGACGGCCCGGCGGAGCUGCAGUCCAGGACGCCGCGCAAGAGGCGCCGGCGCAGCCGUGUGGUGCUCUACCCCGAGACCUCGCGCAGGUGCCGGCCGCACGCCGAGCGCCGGAGCCGCGCGCAGCGCUGCCUGUUGCUGCUUGUGGCCAUCGUGGGCUUCCAGGUGCUCAACGCCAUCGAGAACCUGGACGAUAACGCGCAGCGCUACGACCUCGACGGGCUGGAGAAGGCGCUGCAGCGCGCCGUGUUCGGCCAGCCGGCUGCUGUGGCGCGCAUCGUGGCGCUGCUGCGGGACUACCUGGCCACGCACGUGCACAGCCGCGCGCUGCUUCUGGCGCUGCACGGGCCCAGCGGCGUGGGCAAGAGCCACGUGGGCCGCCUGCUGGCGCGCCACUUCCGCGCUGUGCUCGAGGGCGGCGCGCCGGUGGUGCAGUACCACGCACGCCACCACUGCCCCGAGCCGCGCGCUGCGCAGGCCUGCCGUGAGGAGCUGGCGGCGCUCGUGGCCGACGUGCUGGCGCGGGCCGAGGCGGAGGAGAAGACCCCGCUCGUGGUGCUGGACGAGGCGGAGCUCCUGCCGCCGGCGCUGCUGGACGAGCUGCAUGGCCUCCUGCAGCCGCAGCGUGCCCACCACUUCCACAACGCCAUUUAUGUGCUCCUCAGCAGUGCGGGCGGCUCGGAGAUUACGCGCUUCGUGCUGCAGAACGCAUCCCGCGCGCUGCCCCAGCCGCGCUCCGACGGCGCCCGCGGUGCCCACGGUGACCGGGCCGGGGCGGCAGCGGCGCAGGCCGAGGAGGAGCUGCGCGCCCGCCUGCGGGCGCUCCUGGUCCGCGAGCACCCGCUGUGGCAGGCGGCGGCCAUCGUGCCCUUCCGGCUGCUGGACAAGCAGGACGUGGUCAGCUGCUUCCGGGACGAGAUGGCCGGGGAGGGCUUCUUCCCAGAGCCAGCCCGCGCCGAGCUCCUGGCGGCGCAGCUCAGCUACUACCGCGUCGCUGGCCGUGAGUUCGCCGUCACUGGCUGCAAGCAGGUGGUGGCCAGGGUGAAUCUCUUGGAGCACAGGAGCAGCUGGACGUGAUGGACGCUAGUGGGCACCGCAGGACUUCUGGGGUUGUUGGUGGCGGUCGGAGGGAGGGGACCCUGGGGAUUUGCCUGAGGCCUCUAAUAAAUCUGUCUCUAGCCCAUUGCCCUCCCCCACUCGUGGUUCACCCUGGGGCCUAGGG